GAUUACUUCCGUGCAACAGCUCUAUCCAGUAGAGGGCAGUUUCAUAUCCAUAGUCUACACAAUAACGGUACAUUGUAUUGGACACAGAAAGCGUGGGCGGUGUAUGGAUUCCCCAUUGAAAAUGAACAUAGCUAAAGUAUGCUACCUUUAAACAUUUCUAUAACAGCCGCAGAUGGUCACACUAUUAUUACUAGCAAAAAUAACAGAAUAUACAUUGCUUUUAAUAAUAAAAAUAAUCUUGUACAAUCAACUUGAGACAAGAGAGAGAUACAUGUAUGCUGUGUCCUGUUGCUCCAUCUUUUAGAAAAUUCCCGACUUUGAUUUUUGUACAAAUCCGUCACAGUUUGUCUGCAAGGCUACAGCUCCUCAGGAUUGCUGACAAACAUAAAUGCUACAGGAUUAUGUCACUUAUUUGCUAAAAUUCUUCAGUUUUGGUCCUGAGAAAAUGGUUAAAAGAUGCACCAAAAACAAGGACCACAUCCACCUUUCUUGCUACAUGUACUUGUUUCAUUGUUAGUUGCAGGGCCGUUUUGACAACUUUUAGCUGUGGGCCAACUUUGAAUUUUGUACAAAUCAGUCAUGGACCUCUUACAUUCUCCAAAAAGGGUCUGGUAACUUGAGAACACUUGCUUAAGGGGGCGGGGUAUGUCAUUCUCAUUAAUUAUUCAUAUACUUUCAAAUCAUUUAUAGCAAAAUUACUAGAGUGUUAAACUUCUUUUAUUAACAGAUAUCAUCAUUAUCUUUGUGUAAAAAAUCAGUGAGACUGAUAUUAAAGGUGGAACAAGAAAAAAAUUGAAGAUGCAAUUUGUUGCUUUGACGCAUUUUGUGACAACAUACUUCAUAGAAGAGCCUUCAAGUUAAUAAAAUGAAGUUAAAUUUUCUUGAUCUAUAAACGUAUAGAGCGAUUUGUACAUUAAGUUUCUUAGUUCUUGAUAAACCGCCAAACCGAGGCUAUACAAUUAGCCGUAAAUGUCAAUAAACCAGUCAUAGAGAAGAAAAUUGGACAAAUUGCUCUAUACGUUUCUAAGGAAGAAUGAUUUCUCUUUAGAAAUAAUCUAACUAACUGGAAUAAGUAGGUUCUGAUCCUUAAAAAUGAGUCAGAACAAACUUUUGUUAGUGGUGGCCAUCUUUCUAAACUAUUAUUAUAGACUUACAUGUAAUUAGAAUUAGAAAUAAACGGUACUUUAAAAGUGGGUGUGGUGAAUGAAAGCAUGGUGCAUCAUAGUAUUUAACAAGCCAUUAUGGACAGUACAUUACCAUUCUGUAAAUUACCAGUAAACGGAUGUAUACAGUAUUGGUUGUGGUCAAUUGUCACACCCAUACACCCCACCCUCCACGUGGGAACGUGCUCUUCAGAGUUCUAGCUCGAGUUCUGCCUCUUUCCAUUACAUUUACAGAAAUGAGCAGCGAGAAACGUUUUGUUUGCUCUAUUUGUGGUUCUGCUUACAGUCAUAGUAGUGGUCUUUCAAGGCACAAGUCUAGAGAUCAUACUCAAAGUUUUGGGAAUAUUGCAUGUAGCUAUACAGAGUGCUGUUGCAGAUUUUCCAACAUUGAUCAGUUAAUCAAGCACUUGCAGGAAAGCCACAAUCACUCUAUUGAAGUUAAAACGAGGAAGUUUGAUACAAUGGAGGAUUUUAUGGCCUGGAAAUCAGACAUUGAAAAAUCAUCUUCCUCAUCAUAUGUCUUGCAUUCUGCUCCUCAGAAGCGUGAGGAUCAUUCAUGUUACUAUUAUUAUUGUAAUCGCUCUGGAGUUUAUCAUUUAAGAGGUAAAGGGAAAAGAGCAUUAAAGCUGCAAGGUAGUAGUAAUAAAGUUGAUGGCUAUUGUGUUGCCUAUAUCAGAGCUUGUAGAUACACUUCUGGUGCUGUCACUGUUGAAAUUUGUGAUCAUCACUUGCACGAAUCUCAAUUAGCUCACAUCCCCCUUCCAGAGUCCACAAGGCAUAUGAUAGCAGCAAAACUGCAAGAUGGUGUUGAAAUUCAAGCAAUAUUAGACUCUAUACGUGAUGGUGUUGAAGGUGCUGAGAUUGGUCGAUCAGAAUUAAUCAAUCGUCAAGAUAUACACAAUAUUCGCCACCAAUAUAAUAUUGAGGGCAUCCAGUAUCACUCUAAUGAUCAUUCAAGUGUACAGUUAUGGGUGGAUAAUUUACAAAGUGAUAGUGAAGACGAAUCUGUUGUACUUUUAUUCAAAGAGCAAGGUGUUGAGCAAAGUAAUGAUUUAAAUGACUUUUCAGUAAGUGAUUUUGCUCUGGGAAUUCAAACCUGUUUUCAGAAGGACAUGCUAUUCAGAUUUGGCAAAGAAUCAAUUUGUAUUGAUAGCACACAUGGAACGAACAUCUAUGACUUUUAUCUUAUCACUGUGCUUGUGUUAGAUGAUUAUAAAGAAGGUAUCCCUGUUGCUUGGCUUAUUUUAAACAGGGAAGAUGCUGCUGUACUAAACCAGUUUUUUUCAAAAUUGAAAGUCCGAUGUGGUGAUAUAAGCACCGAUGUGUUUAUGAGUGACGAUGCAGACAAUUUUUUUAAUGGAUGGAAAGGUGUUUUCACGGUAAGUAACACCAGGAAACUUAUCUGUUCCUGGCAUGUAGACAGAAGCUGGAGAAAAGGUCUGCAUACACACAUUUCUGUGAAGUCCAAGCAAGCUGAAGUAUACCACCAUUUAUGA